AUGCACACUUCAGCCCUUCUUACUUGUUUCAUCACGGCAUUGCAGAUAAGGGAAGUCACAUUGGCAGGAUUCAGAGAGCACAAUAGCACAGUCGAAAAUGCACGGAGUGCUUAUGUUGCACUAUAUGCCGAACGAAAUGGAUACUCUCACCGAGUCUUCAUUGGAAGCAGAAAAAGCAGUUCACUGCCCUUGUUUCACUUCGCAGCUCCAUGCUGUGGAUUCCAAGUUCUGACUCUGAAGAAGAUGUCAGCAUAUCUAGUUUGGAAUUCACAUCGACAGAGAAUUGGACUACACUGCCAACAACACUGGCCAACAAUUUGGAAACUGACAACACAUUUUGACCAGUUUUUUUUUGUAGAGAACCAAGAAGAGUAA